AUGUUCGAAAAAAUUUCCACAUUGGUAGGCGAGUUAACGGAAACUUUCUCUUCAUGGCUCAUCCAGUCUGCGGAGGUCGAUGACGAAAAGGUUUCCUCCACAAAAAAGCUAUUCAACGAAAUUUCAAUGAAAGCAGAUGACACCCUUGUUAAGCUAAGGUCGAUUGCUCCGGCAGCUCAAUCCACUCUCGCUUCCAUUAAGGAAAAGACCCCGCCGUCCAAUCCAAAGUUAAGAAAAAUCGAUUUCCGUCCAUUAGAUAAAAAUUGUCCAAAGAACUGGUUUGAGGACUUGGAAAUCGUCUUCACGGCAAUGGGGGUUUCUGAGGAGAAUUUGAAAUAUGCAGCUCUCCUCCGUCUUGUCGAUGCGCAAACGAGCAAUCUGCUCACUACGAUUUCCCGCAAAAAACCUGACGAUAGCUAUUCGCAAGCAAGGGAUCUCAUUAUUUCGGAAUUCCAGCUUUCUAAAUUUGACAGGGCUCGUCUUUACCUGCUUGAUUCGUCGCCAGGUCCGGAAGAAAAUCUGUCGCAUUUUGCUUCUCGUAUAGAAGUCCUCUUCGACGACCUAUCCUUGGAUGACAUUCGCAAGUUCACGGUUCUUCGCCAUGCCCCUUCCGCUGUCAGACUCCAACUCGCAGGGUCCGGAUUCGACGCCAAAGGUUUCACCGAAUUA